AUGUUCAGCUCACAAACUAGUAUUGAAACGAAAGGAGAAGAAGUCGAAGAGGAAGAAGAGAAACCAACAGUCGAGCCUACACCAAUUGUUGAGCUUGAUGAUCAGACUGCUGCUGCAACCGAAGCUCUGAAAAUUCGGGGAAAAAAGAUGGCGCAGAGCCUUCGACCUCGCACGAGUCCUUAUAAGAACAAUGCGGAUGAUGAAGAUCGUUCGGGAUCGCCUGAUUCGAUUGCUGCAACAUACACUAUUCGAGAUAAUCGGACCGAACGGCAGACACGGAUUAAGCUCGAAAGUCUCGAACGACGAUUGAGGGCUAAUGAGAAAUCGAGAAAAGAAAUCGAAUUGGAAGUGGAGAAGUGGAGGAGAUUGGCGGAGCGCAACUCCAAAAGACUUCCCGAAUUGGAAAUUGAGCUUGCUGAAGCGACGCAGGCUCGUGAUGAAUGGAUGGCGAAGAGUCAGGAGUUGGAGGUGCUCAUCACACAGCUGACACAAGAGCGGGAUGAGCUGCAGAAGAGGUUGGAUGAGAUGGAGGAUCGGGUUGAUGGAUUCUCAAGAAAAAUUUCCGUGCUGAUGGAUGUCGGGGAAGAGCCGAAAGAUUUAGAAGGCGUCGAGAAAGAGAUAUCGAACAAUUUGGAGAAGAUCGGGCAGCUUGAAAAAGAGAAUAUGGAAUUGAAAGAUGCUGUGCAAAUGCUUUCAUCGAAACUCACAACAAAUCAAGAUAAUGUGUCAACUCUAAUGAAUCAAUUGGAAUCGAGCAAAAUUCAGAGUUCAGAGAUUCACGGAAUCUGCCGAAAAGAGCUUGAGAUUCGGCAGGAGCAUGAGCAUCGCAUUAAUCAUGACGUCACCAUUUUGAAUUCGACAGUGAACGAGCAGAAGCAUGAGCUCGAAAUGCUGAAAUCCGAGAUCAGAUGUCUUCGAUCGUAUUCGCAGGAAAUGAGCAAUUCGAAUCGAAAUAAUAUCAUUUUGCUCAAAGCUGCUGAAACCGAAAGGAGAAGCUUUUUAGAGACUCUUGUCGUUUUAUUGAAUGAAAAUAUCGAAGCAACCGAAAAUGAUAUCAAAAAAACCAUAAGAGAUCUUGUACGUGCCAAAAAUUCCGAACAGACGAAGCGACUUGAAGCUGAAAAGAAGGCGGCGAAUGCUGAAGCGAUUCUUCUUGAUCAGGCCAAAAAUCAAAGAAGUGCUCUAUUUCGAGCGAGACUAUCUGAAGAAGAGUACGCAAAAGCUGAGGAGAAGAUUGCCGAGCUUGAGCAAGAGCUGCUGGCGAGCGAUUUGGAGCGAAAGAAUCUUGAGCAUCAAAUUUCGAAUCUUGAUAAUUGUGUUGCGAAAGUCUCACAACUUCUCGACGUUCCUUCGACACUUGGAGGCGUCUUCGAUGGAAUUUUUGAAAGGAUUGAAUACCUUCUGCAACAAGAAGCAAUUCAUAAGCUAGUAUUGAAUGAGAAUAGGCUGAUUUCGGACGGAAUUAUUCGAAGUCUGCAAGGUGUCAAAAAAGAGCUAAGCGGUUCGGAGAAGAAAGGUUUGAAAACGUUGAACAUUGUGGAAAAGCUCAACAAAGACUUUUUGACAACGGUGACGAUUGAGACAUUGAAAGCAGCAGAUCUGGAAAAGCAUACGAUGAAAAAGAAAAUGAGCGAGCAGGAGCAAAAAAUUCGGCAACUCGAACGCGAAAAAAAAGAAGGCGAAAGGAUUCGAUCGAUUAUUGCAAAAUGGGAAAAACGGCAGAAUCCCAAAGACGGUGUCAAAGCGUUCAGAUCAACACCAUCCAUAGAUCACGUCCGCACGAAAUCUCAGACUUCGAUGUCCGCAACAUCUCAAACAUAA